GGGCUUUGAGAGCUUGACGACUUUGGGCGUCUACAGGGAACCCGCGCCCAAUAUGUCCAAAGAUGCGAGUUCUAAGCGUGAAUUGAGUUCGAGCGCGCUCAAUGACUUUUCCGCGUGUUCUCUCACACAAGACUCAUCCUUCUUCCGUGUGCAUUCAGAUCCCUCGCUCUACAGCAGCAUAUCAUUCCAGGUUGGUUCCAGAUACUCUUCGUGGCAGUCAUUCUACAGAAAUAUCGACAUCCCAGGCCCUUUUAGGCUGCCACAGGAAAAUUGGCUGGCUGAUACUCGGAUCAGCGCAGCUGCUGCUGAAUCCUGUAAAUAGCUAAACCUUUACGAGUGAAGGGGUCUGAGAUGCAUUAUAAUCAACAAUCGCCGUGGAUUCCUCAUCACUCCGCAUCCCUCAGUCUGACACCUACUAGCAAUGGACGAGUACCUCCGCCUCGAACCCGCCAUACAACAAUGUCAGGUCUGCCAUUUCAACCCCAACCUCCCUCGCCCAAUUCUAGUAUUCCUCCGAGACAUAAUAUUCCUGCGAGUUUGACCCCUGGCUUACGGCCUCUCUCCGGUGAUGCUGGUUUUCAACAACAACAAACUGCACUUCUGUACAAUUCGUCUACCUCAUUUCUUGCAUCUCCACCACACACGUCAUACUAUGGCAAUUACUUCUAUCCUAGGCAGCAUCCCUCCUCAACCUCACCUCCCGUACCCCAGAAACCAAAGGGAAUUACGGCACCUCUUGUCCACACCAUUCCACGACCACCUAUUCCUCCGAAACCACCAAUGGUAACUACUGCUUCCUCACAGCGCAAUCCGCUCUAUCCGCAGUCCAUUCCUGGUCCUGUUGCAGGGCCAUCUAGCCGACCGAUGCCCGGCGAAGAAUCUCCCACCGAUGACAAAGAUAUCGCACUAGCGCUAGCGCUAUCUGAGUCAGAGGCGCGUCAGCGGGAGGAUGACAUUCUCGCUCAAGAGGAAGCAGAUUUGAUGAAGGCGUUGGAAGAAUCGCGUAUUUUCGCCGACAAUUACAGCAGGUAUGUGUCUGAUAGCGUAUUCGACGGACAUCAGGAUUCUUCGGGUGGACCCUCGUCAUCUUCUCAGCCUUUCACGCCUUCUUCUAUGGAAAACGUCCUUCUCAGCCCCCAGAAAUAUAACCGAUUUCCAGAAGGCAAAAGCUUUUUGCACAUAAUUACACCUACCACGUCCGAGAGUUCCUAUGACGAAGAAAUAUCUAUCCAUCAGUCGGGCAAAGAAAGUCGAGAAUCAGUUCAAUUCGUAACUGAUGCCUCCAUCUCAAGUCGAGAAAACCUAACUCCAACACCAUUAACGUAUAACAAUGCUGUCUCGACCAUUCUGAAACCGAACGAUUUAUCUAUGAAUGCUGGCGGUGGCACCGCUGGAACAUCUACCAUAUCUUCUCCACCCGCCGAGUUCUGUCGAUCAAACUCGAGUGAUCAUAUUCGUCCCUUGCCGGGUCUAAAUCCUGUAUCUUCACAUCCGAUGUCAUCGUCACAGCAGAAUCUGAGCGUGGCGGAACCUCCUCCACCCAAACAGCCACUUCCACGCAGGCCGUCUGUCGCAAACUCCGAGACUAGUUCUUUGAGCCGUCGCUCUUCAUCGAGUGAACAAAUUCCCUCGCUCUUCACCCCUGCAACGUCGGUCCAAACUGGAUCAACGAGCCCACCUAUUUCCUUCAGCCUGCCAUCUCACACAGAUAUAUUGGAUUCAGUUGACGAAGACAUUCAGGAGGAGGAGGAAGGCGACGAGGGGACAGAUUCUGCUUCUCGACCCGCACCAAUACUGACGGCCAACCAAUAUGUUGAACCAGACAUGCUGAUGGGUGUCUCAAUGGGCUUUAAACCACCAUCAAUCUCCACGAUAUUGUCGCCUAUGGGAGAGGCCAUGCCCAAUAUUAUAACACUACCAUACGGGAAGGCACCAACAUUUCACAUCCAGUCGCCCUCCUGGCGUCACCUGUUGAAGCUGAUGGCGCGAUUGAGUGGGACUCGCGUCGAGCCAACCAUAGAAGCUCUUACUGUUGCAAAAGAUGAGCUCAAGUUGAGAACGGUGAUCCAGUUUGUAAAGAUUCAUCACUCUGCUUCGGAAUGGCGAACAGUCAUCUAUUUGACGACUGACAUGCCGUAUACCAAUGGCGAUGUAACCGUACUUCCCUACUCCUAUACCCUUUCACCACUCCCGCAGCUCCUCCGUGAUGGGGCGGAUUCACCGAUGGCAAAAUACUAUGUGGUUCCCGCGACGAAUUCCACUCCAUAUCCUACGCUUCCCAUCAACUUUCCCAACCUCGCGAUGUAUUUGCAAUCAGCUGUCCAGGUUUCCAGGAAAGCUGCUCACGAUGGCUCCAGUGGCCUUCGGAGGCUCGCUCUUAAUAUCGACACUUGCUAUCCGAGAGACGACGGGAGGCCGAUCAGUACGGACUUCUCUGACACCUCUCGAAGUCUGGGUGGGAUGUUUAAACGCGUGAUCAACCGCGGAAAAACUCCAAGAGGACGAGGGGGUAACGAAGAAAUUUAUGAUCUAGUCACCCCGUUCGUGCCAGAUGAAUGGGGUUGAUUUAUUUAUGCCCAGUCGAUGCUCUCCAUUUGCAUGAUCUACUGCAUUUUUUUGGAUUUUCUAAUACAAUACGAUUGUCACAUUGCAAGAUAUCUUGUCCGGCUUGUCCGCAUCACACAAUGUUCAACUUUGUCCUAAAUAUAGUUACAAUUUGGCCCUAUGUAACAUGACGGAAUUUCAUCUGCUUUCAAUCCA